UAAAGUUUCCAAAAAAAUUGAAGGAAAAAACUUCCUGCGAGAGGAGAAGCGUGCCAACCUCCGAGUUUGAAACCAGAUUAUUCCAAAGCAAGAAGCGCAGAGAGUGAGCCAUUCUGACAGCAUUCCCCCCUCUCCUCAUCUUUACGGAUAUCUAUACAUUUUUGUAACCACGGCGUCAAAGGUGGACAACGUUUUUUCCGCUCUAUCCCUGCAUUUCUUCAAGAAAGAAAUGGAAGAGGGCUCCAGUUCUCCGGUCUCCCCUGUGGAUAGUCUGGUGACCAGCGAGGAGGAGCUGGACAGACAGCAGAAACGCUUCGCGAGGAAGAGGAGACACAGUAAAAAGUCCAGCGAGGACAGCAGCAGUAGCAGCCCGGGGCCGGUGAAACGGGGGAAAAAACCGAGUCCGAGCAGCACUCAGUCGUACGAGGAGCUGCAGAACCAGCGAGUCCUGGCCAACGUCCGGGAGAGGCAACGGACUCAGUCUCUGAACGAGGCCUUUGCGUCUUUGCGCAAAAUUAUCCCCACACUGCCGUCGGACAAACUCAGCAAGAUACAGACGCUGAAGCUCGCCUCCAGAUACAUAGAUUUCCUCUGUCAGGUGCUGCAGAGCGACGAGAUGGACAACAAGAUGUCCAGCUGCAGCUACGUUGCGCACGAAAGACUCAGUUACGCGUUCUCCGUGUGGAGGAUGGAGGGUGCUUGGUCUAUGUCAGCAUCUCACUAGCACCUAGAGACCUUCACUUACAAUGCCAAAGCGACUGUUUACUUCUACAAAGUAUGAAGAGCGAAAAGGAAUUAUUGAAGAACCCAUCGACCUCAAAGGCAUGGCGGAGAGACGUAAUGUGACCCACAACUGCAAACUCUUGUGGAGUGUGUGUGUGUGUGUGUGGAUGGAGAUUCAUCACACUGCUUCUGACUGUCUGGAGCUGUUUGUGGCAGAGAGGAAGGAAAAAAAACAAAAACUGCAAUGAUGUUUUAGCUCGGAUUUACGGCCUGUCAGCUAAGCCAUCCUUUAACCGUUUUUAGAAGGAUAUAUAUAUAUAUUUUGUUUUUUCUAAAAAAAGACUUUAAAAGUAUAAAUAUAUAUAAAUGACUACAUAUUGUACAUAUUUGUGUAAUUACACCUAUAGCCUGUAAAAGGGACCAAUGCAAUUUAGAGUCAUUUGCUGCAUGGAUUUAUUUCACCGACUUUCUUUAGCAAGUCUCCAAACUCCGUCCAAUGUACAUUUUUCUUUUUUUUGUUUUUGUUUUGUUUUGUUUUUGCUUAUUUAUUAAAACACAUA